AUGUCUCAAACUGCCACUUCCCAGGCUAGUGCUUUAACCGGCAUGGUUGGAUCAGCCGCUAUCAGUCUUAAUAAUCUUGGUAAGGGUCCACUUUCUCCAGUUCCAUCCCGCACUUAUCAAGGCGUCCAUGGCUCAUCUACGGGAUAUCGUGAUGGUGCAGGGGUGAGCCCACUGAAAAAUGCUAAGAGUGAGUUUUCUACUGCCACAUACAGAGCAAAGGAAACACAGAAUCCGUUUCGGGAAAACAACUCCGGGUCCGAUUCGGGUGAUUUGAGCGAGCUCGAGGAGGAUUAUGACUACUCGAUCGACAAGAAAAAGUGCUGGCUGGUCGUGUUCGGCUCAUUUAUGGGUCUUGUACCCACAUGGGGCUUGGCAAACUCGAUUGGUGUGCUCCAGACGCAUAUAUUGGAAAAUGAGCUUAAAGGAACGGAUACCACGACAGUUUCGUGGAUUUUCUCCAUUUUCCUCUGCCUCAGUAUGAUUGCAUCGAUCUUCUCGGGCACGUACUUUGACCGAAACGGGUCCCGGCUCCCCAUAUUCGUCGGAACCUGUCUCGUUGUGGGUUCGAUGUUUUCGGUGGCUAAUUGUACAAAAACCUGGCAGUUUAUCUUGGCUUUUGGUGUUUGUUUAGGUCUGGGCUGCGGGAUUUUGGGUGCCCCAUUAAUAGGAGCCGUCCCCCACUAUUUCCCAAGAAAUCAGCGAGCUACAGCUUUGGCAGUUGCUGGAAAUGGUGGUUGUUGUGGGGGCCUUCUAAUUCCAUUAAUGCUUCGUACUUCGUACAGAACCAUCGGCUAUGCUUGGUCUAUGAGAGCAUUGGGUAUUAUCUCGCUCAUCUGUCUCUCAACUGCGUUUUUCCUAGUCAAGGAAAGAGAGCUCGUGGAGAAAAAACCGAUGUCUAGACUGCAAGUUGUAAAAUUGUACCUCACAUCGUCAUUUGACUUGAAUGCACUUUUCCACGACCGGAAAUACUUGUUUAAUGCCCUUGGAUGCGUUUUUUCUGAGUCCACCAUAGUUGUGGCUAGCGGUUACUACUCGUUCAUAUGUGUGAAAUCCGGGUUUUCACAGAGUGAAUCGUUCCUAUUCGUCACUUUGAUGAAUGCAUUUGCAAUUCCAAGCAGAUGGAUUUCUGGAAUUGUCGCCGAUCGUUGGUUCGGGCCCUACAACGUCAUAAUUGUGCUUCUAUGCAUGACAUCUGUUGUUGAAUUCGUUAUUUGGCUUCCUUUUAAGUCCAGCCCUGUGGCUAUAUACCUAUUUUCCAUCUUGUACGGAAUUACUUAUGGUGGUAUUAUGUCUCUUAUUCCAAGUUGCUGUUCACAGGUUGUCAAGGCUGAGAAAUUUGGUGCCCGGUAUGCCACGCAAUAUGCAAUAUGUGGCGGUACCAUUCUUGGUUUGAUGUCUGCUGGUUCUGGAAUCAUUGGAAGUGGUCAUAAUGAUGUCAGAAAUUCAGCGUUUGUGGUUUAUGUUGCAUUAAUGGGCUUGAUAGGGGCUCUUUGCUACACAAUAACGAGGACCAUGUGUGUUGGAUUCAGGCUAAAGAAGUUCUAA